GGCCCAGUGAGAUGGAAGAAAAGUCCUCUGCCCGAUUCUCCGAAUAUCUGUUCGCCAAGAUGGGCGGGCAGGACGUCUCGGCCUCUCAGGGUCCCCGCAAGGUGACCGCCGAAGACACCAGGAAAUGGAUGCGAGAGAACCUGCUGCUCUUGGUCACCCUGUCCGGCGUGCUCUUCGGCAUAAUUCUCGGGUUUGGCUUGCGUCCUCUGGACCUCGGGGACGACGCGGUGAUGCUGAUCAGUUAUCCGGGAGAGCUCUUCAUGAGACUGCUGAAGCUAAUGAUUUUACCACUGGUAAUCGCCAGCCUCAUAUCAGGUUCAGCGAGCUUAAACGCCAGGAUGAACGGCAUGAUUGCCGUUCGGACUUUGGUGUACUUCAUACUGACGUCCCUGCUCAAUGCUGUGCUUGGCGUAGCCCUGGUCCUCGUUAUUCAUCCCGGUAAUCCCGGCAUCAGGGAAUCGAUCGGGCCCUCGACUCACGCGAGAGCCGUUAACAUAUUAGACAGUCUGCUCGACCUGGGAAGGAACAUGUUCCCAGACAAUUUGUUUCAAGCAGCUUUCCAACAAGCGCAUACGGUGUACGUCCCGAAGAAGCAACCCUUUCAAAAUGUCACCGAUCCAUUGCCGACGCCAGUGCUGGGGGACGAAGAAGUGAUGAGAGUGGUGCAGUACAGAAGCGGCACGAACACUCUGGGUAUAGUUUUUUUCUGCCUAGUCUUUGGUACGUUCCUGGGUACACUGGGUGAGAAGGGGCAAGUCGUCAUAGACUUCUUCAAGGCUGUGUUCGAGGUCAUCAUGCGAAUGGUCUCGACCGUCAUGUGGAUGACACCAAUCGGCAUCACCUCCGUAAUCGCGGGUAAAAUACUCGGCGUGGACGAUCUGGUACUGGUGAUGUCGCAGCUGGCGUGGUUCAUCGUUACGAUCGCGAUCGGUGUCUUUUUCUAUCAGCUGGUGAUCAUGCAGCUGAUAUAUGCGGCCUUCGUUAGAAAGAACCCCUUUAAAUUCUACGCCGGCCUGGCCCAGGGUACCCUCACCGCCUUCGCCAUGGCAUCAACGGCUGCCGCACUUCCUGUGACUUUUCGUCUGAUGACCGAGAAGCUCAGAGUCGACCCCAGAGUCACCAGAUUCGUCCUGCCGAUCGGCUGCAACAUCAACAUGGAUGGCACCGCGCUCUUCGUCGCCGUCGCCAGUAUAUUCAUCGCCCAGAUGAACGGCAUCUUCCUGGGCUUCGGGGAGAUUAUCACCGUGAUCUUGACGUCCACUGCUGCUUCCGUCUCAUCGGCCUCGGUACCAAGCGCUGCGCUCGUCCUGCUGUUGGUCGUCCUAAGCGCCAUUGACGCUCCUGUUAAUGACGUUUCUCUCUUAUUCGCGAUUGACUGGUUUGUGGAUCGGAUAAGGACCACCAAUAAUAUGCUGGGAGAUUGUUACGCCGCUGCAGUUGUCGAGCAGCUGUCGAAAAAGGAACUGAUGGCAUUGGACGCAGCAGCCUACCAAUCUGAGACUGUACUACCAACCACUAUCGCCAAUGGAUGUCUUACCGCCAACAGGGUACCUGAUCCUGACACCGUCGUUGUCGAGAUGCAAGACGACGCGCGGAUAACGGGGAUCGCCAAGUAAACAAGCUUGUUGCUUCGGGAUAUUGCGCAUGUCGAGAAGUGUGACGGAAGAGACCGUUUGACUAACGGUCAGCCCUGCGAAAUAAUUUAGCGUCGCAGAAGCAAAUAAAUCGACUCUGUCAUCUGUUUGAAUUGUUCAACGAGGAUCAAAAAGAAUAUUUUGCGUCGAAGGCGCGUGUUUAGUUCCUCUGCUUCUCAUUGCUUUAAAUAAUUCUCGAAGUUCGUAACGGACUUCGGAAUCUUCCGCAAGAAAUUUUACACCGGCAAGACAGACGCUCUUGCGGAAAAUGCGAUCGCCACUGAAGACACGAAGAUAUUAAGCAGUCAAUAAGAACGGGGUACGUGUUACGUGUGAUGCAGGCACAGAGCAAUAAAAAUUGAUAUACCGGAUAUACGUAUUCUGAAAACUAUACGAUCGAGGCUUCCAAAGACUCGAGGGUAACGCAUUUUGUCAAUCGUUAUAAUUAAUAAUUACGCGUUGUUGUAUAGGCAAAUCGAUGUUGUAUAGGCAAAAAAGUCGGGACAUAAGUCGUUCAACGACCUCCACAGGGAUCAGGCUGGAUUAGUAAAGACGUUAAUCCGAUUGACCGACUCACAUUCGAAUAAACGAUAGAUGACGAUCGUAGAUUAAAAGACUCACCCCUAGCGCGAAUCCUGGAGAUGAUGGACUCGAUCGACAUCUCCGUCAAGAAUUGUUUCUACGAUCGAUCAUAUAAACAGCGUCGAAUGUGGUGCCUUAUUUCGAUGCGCCAAACCAGGCAGGCGCGAUGAAAGUAAAAUGUCUCGCCUCAGUUUGUUCUUUUUCGAUCUGUCUUAUUGUCGCGCGAACGUUCAUACACAAGUAUCGCGCGUGUAAGAUGCCAGUUCCAAUACCUGACGCUUCUCGAUGUGACUUAGAACACCUAGCUCCGAAUUCCGAGGAUUGACAAUGAGCAUGACUGUCAUCAGUGACGAAAAUAUAUAGCUUUCUAUCGGAAAUAAAGAAAUUUUUUACGAUGUUUGCGGGACGAGGGAGCUUGAUGUGAUAACUGUUAGGUAGCUAUGUGCAUACUUACACAUAUCUAGAAUAAAAUAGAACGAAUAGAAUACGUUUUAAUUGCCCUACAAUGUUAUUACUGGGGAUACAGUUUUAGGCUACAUUUUAAAGACCGCUCGCUUCGCGUAUCGCGCGUGUCGAUUACGUCACUGAUCAUAAUCCGAAUCAAGGCAGGAAAAAAUUGAAAAAAAAAAAAUUUAUACGGCAACAACAUACGUAUUCAGCGGAGAUUGAUACAAGACUCCACGCUGAAGAUACAGCAAAAGAAGACUUACAAGCGGGUAGUACUUGAAAUAGAUUUUAAAGUCAUAUCUAACUAUCGGACCAUUAAUUGACGGAAAACUGGUGUAUAGAACCUUCCUAUGUGUUCUGCUUUUGAAAGACGAGUGUUUUUGCGAGAGAGUGCUUGUCGAGACAGAAGUGUGAAACCUCUGGACGUGUAUUCUGUUAAAAUCGGAGAUAACGCUUUAUAUACCGUUUCAGAGAGCUAUCUCAAAUUUUCAAAAGAAAUUUCUCUUUCACAUGGGAACAAAAAGGCAUUUGAAACGUUUAAUAACGUUGAUUUUUAUUGAUUACAAUUAUACGGACGUCCAAGAUUCUAUCUCGUUGCACUCUUCUUCGAUUAGUGCUCCCUGCCGUAGAAAUAACAUACCUUCCAAUAUGAUGUUGUCCAGACCGUAGCUUAGAAUAAACAAGUUCGUGUUUUUCGAUCGUACGUGGAAGAUCAUACUAAUUCUUCUAUGAAUGACAAAGAGAACGGAAUAUUUAAAUAGCGCAGCUCGUUGUCGAGCGCCAACAAGACUGGAAUAUACAAUAUGAUAAUACCAUUUUGCUAGACGUAAUGAUGGUAAACGAUUCCUAUAUGGUUUCGCUAAUACUAGGCACUAGAUAGGUAGGUCGAUACGUGUUUCAUCGUAGAGACUGUUUAAAUGUACAAACUGUUCGAGUACAUAGUAUUAAUAUUUUUUAGCAAUUAUUUACGUUUACUCAUCCAUAUAAAUUGCAAUGCAUUAUUCAAA